GCGGAGCGCAGCGCACCGGGACCCGGGAUCUUUACUACACACACACUAACAAACCGCCACAGCAAAACAGAGCAGCAUGGAGCUGUGAGGACGAGGUGCCCACCGGGACCUGCUCCCCGCGCACACUCCACUGUUUGGUUCGUUUAUUUACCGAAUCUGCGGAACGUUUUCCGGCCCCAACAUGGAGACGACGCGCUUCUGGCUCUUAUUACUGUCUGCGCACCUAAUCACCGUCUGCCAGCAAGCUGUAGGAUUUGCAUACAGGAACCAGCGCAGGUUCUCAGAAGACAUGGACUGGUCCUAUGCAGGAACAUUAAACCAAAACAACUGGGCCAAGAAGUUCCCAUCUUGCAGCAAUGCCAAGCAGUCUCCCAUCAACAUAGAGGAGGACCUGGCCCAGGUGAAGCUGCAGUAUCAGAAGUUAAAAUUUGAUGGCUGGGAGAGUUUGACAAGUGACAGGACAAUCAUCAAGAACGAUGGCAAGACAGUGGCAGUACAUUUGAAUGGAGACUUUUAUGUCAGUGGAGGAGGUCUCAGCUCAAAGUUCAAAGUGGGACGCAUCACCUUCCACUGGGGGCGCUGCAACGCCUCCUCUGAGGGGUCGGAACAUAGUCUGGAUGGAGUCAAAUUCCCUCUGGAGAUGCAGAUCUACUCUUAUGAGUCGCACCUCUUUGACUCUUUGGAUGAAACGAUCAAGGCCCGAGGAAGGAUCACAGCUCUUGCUGUGCUCUUUGAGACGAGCACUGAUGACAACAUGAAUUAUGCAGCCAUUAUAGAUGGCAUCAACAGUGUCAGCAGAUAUGGCAAGAGUGCUGAGGUUUCACCCUUCACUCUGCAAGGCCUCCUGCCAAACUCCACUGAGAAAUAUUUCAUCUACAACGGCUCCCUGACUACACCGCCCUGCACCGAGACGGUGGAGUGGAUCGUCUUCAAGAACACCGUGGCCAUAUCUGAUGAACAGCUGGAGGUGUUCUGUGAAGUGAUGACGAUGCAGCAGGCCGGAUACGUCAUGUUAAUGGACUACCUGCAGAACAACUACAGGGAGCAGCAGGAGCAGUUCAUGGGUCAGGUGUUCUCGUCCUACACCGGCAUCGAGGAGGUCCCUACACCAGUGUGCAGCUCGGAGCCAGAGAACUUCCAGGCGGUGCCCUACAACCUCAGCAGCCUGCUGGUGACGUGGGAGCGGCCGCGGGCGGUUUACGACUCCGGCAUCGAGAAGUACUCUGUAACCUACCAACUGAUUGACAAAAAAGAGUCUGUCCCCUCUGAAUACCUGACUGACGGAGAUCAGGAUGUGGGGGCGAUACUGGAUGACCUGCAGGCCAACAGCAGCUACGUGGUCCAGGUGGUGGCCGUCUGCGCCAACGGUCUGUACGGACGUGUGAGCGACGAGCAGACCGUCAUCCUGCCCAACGACGAUCCUGACCCUACACUGGAUCCAGAUUCUAGAAAAUCAAAUGUAUUUGAUGACGAAGACAGCAAUGACACCGAUCUGUCUAUGAACGAAAUAGACCAGGCCAAGAAUUAUGAUUGGGAUUGGAGUGAAUCAAAAACACAAAAGACCAAAACUUCUGCAUCACCUGUUUUACCUCUACCAGGCAUCGCAUUUGGAACAACAGAGUCGUCUCAAAGGCUUACCACCACUUCUCCAGUUCCUCCUGUCAAAUCCACCCAACCUGCUCAGGAGGAGGAAGUACAACGCAGCGCUACCUUGCAGCCACCAGAGGUCACUAUAUUAUCAGAAACAAGAGGAAAUGGGGACUUGAGUACCAAUACCCUUUUAUAUUCUACAGGGACAGCAAAGCAACCCUCAAUUACUACUACUACUGUACUAAAGACAGAUGGAAUUAAGAUAGUUAAAAGUCCAAACGACUUCUUUGACAGGGCAGAAGGUGUUUUAAGUACUAUUAUUCCCUCAGUCCCUGUUACUGAGACACAUGGGGGUGACGGCUUUCCUCAGUACGCUACCAUCCCAAGCACAGUGACAUCCAAUACUGGAGACACAAGCAGCAUAACGUCAUCAUCCUCCAUCCAGGGUGAGACGGACCAAACACCAGUGCAACCUGUGAAAGAGACAUCCAUAGAUGCAAGUGUUUCUCCUGGAUCCAGAGGUCUCCCAGAAAUCCAGGAUACAAGUUCAUCUGCUCAGCCCUCUUCAUCCAGGGAAGCUGUUCUACGUAGCCCGACAAGUCCCAGCAUGCCUCAUUUUUCAUCUACAACGACCUCUGUCCUGUCAAGUGUUGUCCUGCAGGCAACGCAGUCACCGUCCAACGCCACAGCAUCUGCUAUAAUGGAUUCUUGGCUGUCAACAUCAGAGAGGAGCCCCAGCUUUCAAGCCUCUCACCUUCCUUCCUCACCCACAGCCUUCCCAUUUGCCCCCACCCCAGAGGGACAGGUUGUAGACAGUAGCAGUAGCAGCAGCAGCGCCUCUGGCUCGGCCCUGUCCCCUGACUCUCAGGAGGGCUUAGAUCAGGACUGGGAAAGGGUUCACACCUCGGCCUCCGGGGAGAGCACACUCCCUUAUUCAACCAAAGUUAUUAGCACUGCCCCUCCAGUCACAAUCUCCGAAUCUGGCCAGACCCAAGAUGAUCUGGAAGAACACUCCUCAGCAUUCUAUUUUGAAAGCGGGAGCGGCAGUGCCGUCACUCCAGAGGUAGGAGGAGGCACAGACACUCCAGCUCUGUCAGAGGUAAACUCCGCUUCAGCCUGGUCGCUGGUUGGAGCAGAGGAGAGUGGUUCAGGGCAGGCCGAAAGCCUCUACGACAACGAGACCUCAUCUGACUUCAGUAUCUCAGAGAGCACAGAAAGAGGGUCAGAGGAAGAAGAGCCAGUUGAAGACGCCAGCAACAGCAGCCACGAGUCACGGGUCGGCUCCAUACGGGAAAGAGAGAGCAAGGCGUUGGUUCCUCUGGCCGUCAUCUCCACCCUCACAGUCUUCGGCCUCGUCAUCCUCAUCGGUAUUCUCAUUUACUGGAGAAUGUGUUUCCAGACGGCUCACUUUUACAUCGAUGACAUUUCAUCGCCCAGAGUAAUCGCUGCACAGACUGCUGCUGCAUUAACAUCUGAGGACCAAGCUGCUCUUCCAGUGAAGGACUUUGUCAAACAUGUUGCUGAGCUUCACAGGACUCAGGCCUUUCAAAGGGAGUUUGAGAUACUGAAAGAGAGUUACGAGGAGGUGCAGGCAUGUACAGUGGACAUGGGGAUAACCACUGACAUCUCCAACCACCCUGACAACAAGACAAAGAACAGAUACAGCAACAUAUUGGCUUAUGACCACAGCCGGGUACGGCUUUCACCACUGGCUGAUAAAGAUGGGAAGACCACAGAUUACAUUAAUGCCAACUAUGUGGAUGAUUACAAGAGGCCACGUUCAUACAUCGCUGCUCAGGGCCCGCUGAAGUCCAGCACAGACGACUUCUGGAGGAUGAUCUGGGAGAAGGAUGUCACCACUAUCAUCAUGAUCACCAACCUGGUGGAAAAAGGACGAAGGAAGUGUGAUCAGUACUGGCCGGUGGAAGCGCAGGAGGAAUACGGACAUUUCUUGGUGACCCUGAAAAGCACAAAAGUUGUUUCCCACUACACCCAGAGGACGUUCACUGUGAGGAACACCCAGAGCAAAAAGACGUCCCAGAAGGGCCGGGGCGGUGAGCGCACAGUCACACAAUACCAUUACACCCAGUGGCCAGAUAUGGGCGUCCCAGAGUUCGCUCUGCCGCUGCUGAGCUUCAUCCGUAAGUCUUCCAGAGCCAAGCCGGAGGACAAGGGCCCAGUGGUGGUGCACUGCAGUGCUGGCGUUGGCCGGACGGGCACGUACAUAGUCCUGGACAGCAUGCUGAAGCAGAUAAAGGACGAAGGCACAGUUAACAUCACAGGCUUCCUGAAACACAUCCGCUCACAGAGAAACCACCUGGUUCAGACUGAGGAGCAGUAUGUUUUCAUCCACGAUGCCUUGGUGGAAGCCAUCUUGUCAGGAGAGACGGAGGUGGCGGCGUCUCAGAUGCACAGAUAUGUGGAUGAGCUGCUGGCCCCGGGGCCUUCUGGGAGGACACGCCUGGACAAACAGUUAAAGCUGGUGUGUCACUCCAACGUGAAGCAGAGUGACUUUACCGCAGCUCUGCAGGACUGCAACCGCAGUAAAAACCGGAGCUGCUCCGUGAUCCCUGUUGAGAGGUCACGAGUGCGUCUGUCUGUGACAGAGGGAGAAACUUCCGACUACAUCAAUGCAUCGUACAUUGCUGGUUACACACUCAGCACUGAGUUCAUCAUUACCCAGAAUCCAUUGUCUGGCACCAUAAAGGACUUCUGGAAGAUGAUAUGGGACCACAACGCUCCAGUCAUCGUGUCACUGCCACGGCAGCUGGAGGAGAUGGAGCCGUGUGUCUUCUGGCCCCAGAAAGGGCAGCCAAUCAGCUACGAGAUGUUCACCGUCAGUCAGAGGAGUGAAACUCACGUCUGUCUGUCCAACGAGGACAUGCUGGUCAUUCAAGACUAUGUACUGGAAGCUACGCAGGACGAUUACGUGCUGGAGGUGAAACAUUACCGUGUCUCCUGCUGGCCAAAUCCAGACAGUCCCAUCAGCCAGACUUUUGAGCUCCUCAAUUUGGUGAAAGAGGAGAAUGCUGCCAAGGAUGGCCCUACUGUAGUCCACGAUGACGUGGGUGGAGUCACAGCAGGAACUUUCUGUGCUCUGUCAUCGCUGACGCGCCAGUUGAACGCUGAAGAGUCAGUCGACGUGUUCCAGGCGGCCAAACUGAUAAACCUCAUGAGACCCGGCGUCUUCAGUGACAUUGAUCCCUACCAGUUCCUGUACAAAGCCAUGUUGAGUCUCAUCGGGACACGAGAAGACGAGAAGACCUACCAGUCGUCUGACAACAACGGCACCAUCGUGGUGGGAACGGCCAGCACCGCCGAGAGCCUGGAGUCCCUGGUGUAACGGCCAAACAAACGCACUGAACUCUACUCCUCCACCCCUCCACCCCUCCACUCCUCCACCCCUCCACCCAUCCACUCCUCCACUCCUCCACUCCUCCACCCACCAGUGGAACGUCUCUGGAUGCGAGACGUAAACCAGUCCGCAGAAAACCCGCUGCUUCCAGGGUCGGCCUGUUGAGACCACCGUGUCCCCAAGUUCAUUCUUUCCUGGUUUUGAACUGUGUAUGAAUUCAUAAUGUGUGCCUUUUUAAACUCUUUCUUCCUGUACUUCUAACUUUGAUAUGAGCUGUAGAUUAACUGUCCAGUGUUGGUUAUGCUCUGUACUGCCCUGAGAAAUUUCACUUAACUCUUCUUAAACCUUUGUAUUUAUUGGCACUGAGCCAAAUGGGGAAAAAAGGGAAAAACUGCAUCUUUUACAUCAAAGGAUAUUUUGUUAGUUUGUCUUUGAUAGAGCUUUUGCACUGAACUUGCUUUUUGUAAAAACGAUUGCAACAGUAGCAGCAGCAUGCUAAUGAUGUCAGAUAUAAAAUAAGGGCCUGGAAUAAUGAAAUAAUAAUAAUAAUCUAAUGUAAAUAAUAUGAUGGUAUUCACCAUGACGGACCAAAUUUUUAUUUAUACUUUUAGAUUUUUAUAUUUGACCGUUUUUAGUAAAUGAUUCAAUUCGAAGUGCUUAGAACUUAAUGUUUUUAUACUCUGUUUUGUAACAGACUAAAUGUGAUGCUGACAAGUUGUUUUUUUAGUUGUCUAUGGAAAACCGCUGGAUUAUUAGUUAGGUAAUUAAAGUUAAAUUAAGGAGUACCAAAGAAAGCCUGUUGUUUUCUUUGCAUUUGCAGAACCAACCGGUGCAAAGUUGCAGUGACUCUUGUUCCCUGACAAACAGAAUCACGGAUUCUGCACAGUUUCCUCAGAUGGCUCAGACCUGGAUUGGGGAACACUGACAUCAGAAUUUCACAGUCUAAUGUUCAGGAAAUGGUCAAAUAUGGAUUUUUAUUAGGAAAAGAAGCAUUUUUAACCAACUAUGAGAGAAACUUGGAUACUUUAC